AUGGGAGAGGGAGACCUCGUCCCCAUUUUAGUAUAUGAAUGUAACGAUAUACCUGUUGACUCCAUCCCACUUGAAAAUAUUAAGUACUUAGGCGUAUCUGUGAUGAAUCUAACAAAUUUAUCACUUGUAACGAAAUUGAAAUCAUUAACAAUCGUUAUGUUCAGAUUAUGUGCAUUAUCACAGUUCCCAGAAGAAUUAUUCGAACUCCCACAACUCAGAAGUAUCGAUUUAUCAGGAAAUGCAAUCAGUCAGCUUCCUCAAUCACCAAAAUGGUCUGAAAUGAAAGAACUAACGAGCUUUAACAUAUCAGAAAACAAUAUUAACGAGCUUAGCGAAUUCAGAAACAUUAUGGGCAUACCAAACCUUAAACAAUUAAAUUUCACCGGAAAUGUUUGCCAAGGCGCGAACGAUGCACUUAACAGAAUUGUUAAAAUCUUUCCAAAGAUCAUUGUUGUUAACGAAACAAUCGUUUUGAGUCAACAUAGAGGAUAUUUGGAAGAAUUUGCAAUUUUUGAUAAUACUUCGACAUUACCAUUAUCCAAAACAGAUGAUUUCUUCUUCAACUACGUCAAAUACAUGCAUGCAACUGGCAUGGAAAGAUACUUAAGAAGGUUUAAUGCAGAAAAUUUCUGUCUUAACAAAGUAUUACGUAAAUAUAGCUUUGCAGAGAAGAUACAGAGCAACUUCAGAGGCUAUGUGCAACGAAAAGAAUACAAAAAGAUGCGAGAAAGUGCUGUUGUUAUUCAAUAUCACGUUCACAAGUGGUACAAACGACGUCUUGCAUCGGCAAAUGUCAUUAAAAGAUGUUUCUUGCACUACAUGACUCGUCAGAAGAUCAAAUUAAUCAAAGCAGCAAGAAUUGUCCAAUCAAGAUGGCGUUCAAAACAAGUUGCCGAUCUCGCUGUCAUGGAACUAUUUUCUUCUAACGAUAGAAUCGAAUUUUACGUCACUCCUGACAACGCGAAAUUUCUUGAAAAUUUUUGCAGAGAAAAACAAUUCGCAAUUCCACAAUUUAUUUACACAAACGAGUACAGAGUACUACGUGUUAAUGAACCCACAAAGCUAAUCCUCCCAGGAAGUCCUUUGGUUUAUUAUUCAUUAGAUAAUUCUCUUGUUAUUAGACAUGUAAACCAAAAAAGGAGCAUCAAUCCAAAGAAAACAUGCUGGUGCAACCACGAACAUGACUUUGAGAAAGGAAAGAAGAUGGUAAACCAAAGAGGUUUCAAUUAUCAGUCGAAAUGUCCAUUUGGAGUUCUUCCUGCCAAACUUUACAGAAGGAAAAUCAGAUCAGUAGAUGUAACAGAUCAUCAUCCUUGUCUUGUUAUGUGCUUUUUCGAACGUUUGAAUGAUUUCAUGCAAAUUUUUCAUUCUCUCCGUUUGUCUGAUAUCAAAGGCGUACAGCUUAUUCCAAUCAGGAAUGUACCAGCAAUCUCGGCAACGGUGACAAUCCAAUCAGCCAUGCGUUGUUUCUACGAAAGAUCGAAACAUUUCAGAGAAUUGAAGCAAACAGCGAUCGAACAUAGAGCGUUAGCAACAAUCAGAUGCCUUGUAAGUAUAAUGAGAAUGAAAAGGAUCUUGGAAGGUAUCGCGAGAGCUCAAUAUUUCAGAGAAAAAAUUACGAAGCUUUCCUACUUCUAUGUACGCGAUACUUUCAUGCGCAAAUUAUUUUUCAUGAAGCCAAUCAUCCCUGUUCAUUUCGGAUACAACAACGACAGAGAAUUAGUCUUGAAAGAAGGAAAUUCACCACUUGUUAGUGGAUUUUUACCUGUAGAUACAUCAGAUUUCAAAGAAUCUGAUUUGUCCUCUGUGUUAAAACUCGGAGCGAGCGUUUCCAUGGCGAGAGCAACUUAUUUCGCUGAUCCAUGGCUUGUUACUGAUACGUUUUUGAAGAGAUAUGGUUUCCACAGGAUCAGUUUUGCUACUGCUGAAGAAGCUGCCCACAGAGCUAUAUUACUUUCAUUCGUUGUUCCGUAUAAUAACUGGUGUUUCUUUGAGAAGGACAUUAUCGACUUUUUGGCAGCAACAAUGAUCAAAAACGCAUGGAUUGGACACACAAGUCGUUCUAUUCUUGCUCAUGCUGCAGCACAAGUUGGAAAGAAACUUGAUACUUCAAUUUUCAUUUAUCGUCCUGUUGAUUACAGACUUAAAAUGCAAUUAAUGAAGGACGACCAGCAGAAUCGCAAGAAGAAAGUUGUUGGAACUGAAAAUGUUGAAGAUCAAAUUGAUUUAUUAAGAGGAGUUUAUCAGCCAUGGAAGGAAAUCUUCACACAAUACAAGAAAGAAUAUGGUGAUCAACCCAUUGAGCUCACACCUCUUCCAAAACGUCCGAAGAAAGAAUUGACAACUUCAAUGAGACAAAUUGGCCAAAUUAAUGAGCUUCUUCCUCCAGAACCAGAACCAGAGCAACCACAGGAACUCACGCAAACCAAAGUUUCUAUUCAAAAUACCACUCCAAGAAGCAAUUUGAUGACUCCAAAAUUGUCGAAGACGAAUUCACGAAGUGUCAUUUCUCCUCUCUUCGAAACAAGACCAAGAACAAGUUCAAUCAAGACAUCCAACAUAAAGAAGAUUGUUGGAUUCGAUUCUUCUCAAUCGAUGACAACAAAUGUAUUUGGUGGAUCAUUAGUAGACUCAUUGAUUUGUUCUAGGUCCACUACGACAAAAAUUAGCCAAAUGACGAAUUCUCUUGAACUAAGAAAAUCAUCUAUUUCAAAUCAAACGAGUCAGAUCAUUGCAAGGCCAUUACUCAAGCUCCCUCUGAACCAAAUACCUCAAUCGAACACAAAUACAUCAUCAAUCAACUCUUCUUCCAGCAAAAUUAAAUCAACUUCAACAAGUUCUUCUCUUGGACCACUGAAAACGAUACAAUCCGCUCAGAGAUCAGAUUAUUCUCAAAAGGAGAAAGUUGCUGAAGUUUUUGGCAGAUUAUCUCAAUUAUUAAAAGUUACAGAUGCAGUUCAUCAAGCAAAUGUAUUAGAUACCACAUUAGAAGAGAAGAGACAGUUCACAGUUCACGCUCGUCAAAAGAUUGAAGAAGGAUCAGCAGCGACACAUAAAAUGCUUGAACAAAAUUCAUCUGAUUCUCAUUCCAGAGCCAAAAUCGAGCGUGAAGAGAUGCUUGCUGAAGUGGAGAAGGUCAAGAAGAAAGCAAUGGAACAGAAGAUUAAUGCUGCAAGGAAUGUGAGAAAAGAACAUUCGAUGAGAAGAGAAAAUGUAAUGAUUGGAACAAUUUUUGCUCAAAAUUUCGUUUCUACGACACAUCAAUUGGCAUCACGUGUUGAAGGAAGAAUUUUGAAGCAGAACAAGCGAAAGGAAAGAGAACUUGUUCAAACACAAAUGGCCGAAGUUCGAGAGAAAGAGAAACAAAGCAGAUUGGAACACAAAGAAUUGGUUAAAGAAAUGGCUAAAUCUAAAUUGGAAAUGACGAAAUAUGAUAACGAAUUGUUCGAAGAAGAAAAGAAAUUGAGAAUGAAAGGAACAGAAGAAAAGAAGGAGAGAUUGGCAACACUCAAAAGCACAAUGAAACAAAACACAUUAACAAGAUCUUUGGAUCAAAAGAAACCUUAUAUUCCUCCAGAUAAAAUUGAAACUGCUGUCUUUGAUGAUAAAGAAUUGAUGGCAAGUGAAGCACCAAAGAUUAUUGGUGGCAACAUUGGAACAGAAGAAUCUCAUUUGCUUGCAGAAUUAGUUAGUUCUGCAAUGAAAUAG